UCGAAAAAGCGCCUUCCAGAAGAGCUGACAGAAUUGCUAGAUGUGGCAAUUUAUACCUUUGCCUGUCAGGCAGGAUUGAGAGCGGGGCAUAAGGUUAGAGGAAACCCGGUGUUAGAAGGGGUGAGCGCAUUCUUUGGCCAGCUGAUCGAAACCGCAAACGAGGAUACGAAGAAGCAGCUGAAGGACAUCUCCCCUGGAAGAUUGGGAGGAUGGCAACCAGGCGAGGCGCCAUCGCCUCAACUCUUAACGUUGGUGUCCUCGCGAAUAAAACUAAUGAAAUCGAAACAAUUAAUAAGGGAAGACGAUAACCCGGUGGUACCGUCCCUGUUGGUGGAUAGGCUAGAGUGGUUUGACGAGGAGGAGGAAAGGGUCAGGACGAAAACGUUGGCCAGAUGUUGGCGUUGCCAAAGUAGAUGCAGAUUUUGUUCGCGGAGGAGGCACGAUUUCCCAAAAUUUGGGCACUUUAGACCUGAGUAAGUUGCUUAUUCAUACAGUAUACAGUAGUAUACAGUAUUAGGCUUAUGAUUUGUAAUGAAGGCCAUGUUACAUAAAUACAUACAUACAUACAUACGUACGUACGUACGUACGUACGUACAUACGUACAUACCAACAUACCAACAUACCAACAGUAUACAGUAGUAUACAGUAUUAGGCUUAUGAUUUGUAAUGAAGGCCAUGUUACAUAAAUACAAACAUACAUACAUACGUACGUACGUACGUACGUACAUACGUACAUACAUACAUACAUACAUACAUACAUACAUACAUACAUACAUACAUACAUACAUACAUACAUACAUACAUACAUACGGUACAUACCUACCAUACUAAGGCUCCCUGAGCCUCAAUAAAAUCACCCCAUUUUGGCAACCUGCAAUGCUGCAAAAUGUUGGUUUGCAAGUUGCACAAAAAGUAGAACUGUCCUCUACUUUUCUCAACAUUACCAGACAAGUUGUUGUGUGUGACAUGUCAAACAUGCAAUUUGCAGCCUUUUGCAUAUUAUUGCAAACAGAAAUUGUGAGCAUUGUGUAAUAUGGCCUUGAGGGUGUCACAGUUCAACAGGGUAAAAAUCACAAUCUUUGAAAACCUCUGGUUGUACUUCAUUAAAUAACACAUGUAUUUCAGAUUCACUAACAAAAAAAUACAAUUUCAACAUGUAAUUAUCCUUUGGCUCAUGAACAAUUUUUUCGAUGGGUGAUUUAUUGUCCUGCAGAACAGGCAUUAGAUCUAAGCAUUUCAGUCGCCCAUUUCAUGAAAACACAAAAAACCUCCUAAGCCUGGUAAAUUAUUUUAUGCACAUGAUGUUUAGACUAAAAAUAAAAAUUUUACUGGUUUUAAAAGUUAAGCAAUAAAAUUUUUCAAAUAAUACAAGAAAAGUCUGUCUAGACUGUAGGAUAAAAACAAGACAGCAAGUAUAUAAAUUUAUAUAUUUCUUUUUCUGUACCUUUGAGACACAAACCCAGACUAUUCCAUGAAAACUUUUGGUUUCUAAACUCCAUCAAACUCUUUCUUUUGAUUGAGUUUGAUUGAGUUUGAUGGAGUUUGCAAAUGCCAUACAACAAAAUCAAACCUCCCCCUCCCCCAAGAAGAAAACCAUGAUCACUUGAAUUGUUUUGAUCGAGUAUGUUUUGGUUUGAUUGGUUUGGUCAGCGAACUUUAAAAAAAGUUCUGUGUUUGAUUUUGUUCCCUGACUGAACUGCAUUCAAAUUGUUCUUUUGAGUGAUGUCAUUAAGUUAUAUUAAGUCUGAUUAUUUUUUUUUUAUGAAUUAGACUGAGAUUGGGUGAGUGCAGAUCGUGUGAAGAGCACAGAAAGUGAGAGGAUUGGCCUGUUCCCAAAUUUAAGUUUCCAACCCUGGAAAACUUGGCUUGUUAGCAGGCCCAUGCUCUUUCUGGAACACAGCCAUUAUUGUACACUUUGAUGGAUUUUCAUAGUCUCCAUCAAACACAUUCGAUGUCAUGUUGUAUAGUUGAAAGAGAUUCACUUGAAAUGGAUGCAUGUUAAGGUCCUCUGAAAUCAUUUUUAAAUUAAUUCUUGCAGCUUGGCAUCACCAUUCCUUGAUGUGUUAGAAAUGAUGCUGGAGGGAGCAGAUGAUAAUGGUAAUGACCAUGAUGAUGAUGAUGACAGUGAUCACCACAGUAAUGAUGGGAACUCUGGUGAUGGAGUAGAAUGCAGUGAUAAUAGUGAGGACUACACAAAUCUGAUGUCAGACGUUGAUUUUCCAGUUGAUGAUGAAGAUGAACAAGAUGCCAACAGUGAAAAUGAC